UCAACCCAAGUACUUUCCGUACUUUCAAUUGCUCUCAGUUAUAUCUCGACUUGAGUUGGGGUUAAAAAAAGACGGCUUCUGGGUGAUCAAAGAUCAUGGAUAGUAGCCAAAAACGAAAAGGCGCAUUUGGCACGGGAAAUGCAUCGAAAAGAUCGAGAAAUCAGGAUGAUUUGGACGGAAGUCAACCAAGUAGCUUCGAAAGCGAGCUCGCAUCUCUUCAGGGCGAUGAUGGCGCAGUCGAAACUGCUACUAGGGGAAGACCAUCAGAUAAAUGGCCACGACCAGCUUUACCUCCCUUCGAGCCGGCAUCAGACAACAUCCAGUUCCAACAGUUGGAUGUAGAGAAUUAUAUAGGCACCCCUUUGCCUGGUAUGCCAGGGUCAAAAGUUGGCCCAGUACAGAUCAUCAGGAUGUUUGGAGUGACAAUGGACGGGAAUAGUGUACUUUGCCAUAUUCAUGGCUUUGUGCCUUACUUCUUUGUACCUGCCCCCCCUGGGUUUCAGGAAAUUCACUGCUCUUUGUUUAGAGAUACGUUAGAUAAAGCUGUGUUGAACGACAUGAGGUCAAACAGGGAUGGGGUUACGCAGGCUGUGCUGGCAGUUGACUACAUGAUGAGAGAAAGUAUUUAUGGCUACCACAAAAAUACAAAGAUCCCUUUCCUUAAGGUGACAGUUGCUCUUCAAAAGCUGAUUGCUCCUGCAAAGAGAAUCCUGGAAACUGGUUUUCGAUGUGGGCACUAUCCUGAGAGGGGAUAUUCUACGUAUGAAAGCAAUAUAGACUAUGAGGUGCGGUUCAUGGUGGAUUCAGAUAUCGUGGGAUGCAACUGGAUAGAGCUUCCAGCCGGGAAGUAUAGGGUGCGAACACCCAAUGGCAUAGCAUCUCGUUACCGAAGCAGUGCUAAGCCAGAAUCAAGAUGUCAGCUUGAGGUAGAUGUGGCCUGGGAUGAGCUUAUCAGUCAUGAGCCAGAGGGGGAUUGGUCCAAGAUAGCUCCUGUGCGAAUCCUCAGCUUCGACAUUGAAUGUGCUGGUCGUAAGGGCAUAUUUCCAGAGGCAGAGAAAGAUCCGGUUAUCCAGAUUGCAAACAUGGUCAUUCGUCAAGGAGAGAAGGACCCAUUUAUUAGGAAUGUUUUUACACUUGGCGGAUGUGCUCCUAUUGUAGGGUCACAUGUUCUGUCAUUUGACAAGGAAGCUGACCUUUUUAAGGCAUGGAGUGAGUUUGUCCAAGAAUGUGACCCUGAUAUUAUAACUGGCUACAACAUUGUCAACUUUGACUUGCCGUACUUAUUAAACCGGGCUACAGCUUUGCAUGUUAAUAACUUCUCCCUCCUUGGACGCAUCGUGGCUGACAAGAGCACUGUUACGUCAACCACCUUCCAGUCUAAAGCCUAUGGCAAGCGUGAGAAUAAAGUGAUCAACAUUAGUGGCAGAGUGCAAUUUGAUCUGCUGCAUGUGCUGUUGAGAGAUUAUAAGCUGCGCUCAUACACACUGAAUGCUGUCAGUUUUCAUUUCUUGCAAGAACAGAAAGAAGAUGUGCAGCAUAACAUCAUCUCUGAUCUCCAGAAUGGCAAUGACCAGACACGUCGCCGUCUUGCUAUCUACUGCAUGAAGGACGCCAUUCUUCCAUUGAGACUCCUGGAGAAACUCAUGUGUGUUAUCAAUUACAUGGAGAUGGCACGUGUGACGGGCGUGCCCAUGGGGUACUUGCUGUCAAGAGGACAACAGAUCAAGGUCAUGUCACAGCUUUUAAGAAAGACUCACCAGACAGAUCUUGUGAUCCCUGCCCACAAGGCAGAGGCAGGAGAGGAGUAUGCUGGAGCAACUGUUAUUGAACCAAAUAAGGGUUAUUACAACAUCCCGAUCGCCACAUUGGAUUUCUCCUCUCUGUACCCAUCUAUCAUGAUGGCUCACAAUCUAUGUUACACGUCACUCCUUCACCCCUCACAGGUCAAAGAAACACCACCAGAUCAGUACAUUAAGACUCCAUCUGGUAAUUUCUUCGUCAAGAAGUCUGUACGCAAAGGUCUGCUGCCGGAAAUCCUUGAACAUCUGCUCACUGCCAGGAAGAAAGCCAAGGCUGACCUGAAAAAGGAAACAGAUCCAUUCAAAAAGAAGGUACUUGAUGGACGGCAGUUAGCUCUCAAGAUCAGUGCUAACUCUGUGUAUGGUUUUACUGGAGCCCAAGUUGGCAAACUGCCUUGUCUUGAGAUUUCACAGAGUGUGACAGCCUUUGGCCGUAUGAUGAUUGAGAGAACCAAGGAGCUGGUAGAAGCGAAGUACACUGUUGCCAAUGGAUACAAGACAGAUGCCAAGGUCAUCUAUGGAGACACUGACUCUGUCAUGGUGAGGUUUGGUGUUGAGACUGUAGCUGAGAGUAUGGAAUUGGGUAAUGAAGCGGCUGAGUAUGUGUCGGAACACUUCGUCAAGCCCAUUAAGCUUGAGUUUGAGAAGGUGUAUUUCCCAUAUCUGCUGAUCAGCAAAAAGCGAUAUGCAGGUCUGUACUUCACCAAACCAGACAAACAUGACAAGAUGGACUGCAAAGGCAUUGAGACGGUGAGAAGAGAUAAUUGUCCACUGGUGGCCAACCUUAUAAAUGCCUGCCUGAAGAAGCUUCUAAUUGAAAGGAAUCCCCAAGGGGCUGUGGAGUACACCAAGCAAGUCAUCUCAGACCUGCUGUGUAAUCGCAUUGACAUCUCACAGCUUGUCAUUACUAAGGAGCUUACCAAGACUGGUGAAGAGUAUGCGGGAAAGCAAGCACAUUCAGAACUCGCAGAGAGAAUGAGGAAACGAGAUGCUGGUUCUGCUCCGAAGCUUGGAGACCGUGUUCCCUAUGUUAUCAUUGCUGGGGCAAAAGGAGCAAAGGCUUACGAAAAAGCUGAGGAUCCCAUUUACGUAUUGGAGAAUAACGUACCAAUUGACACAGGCUAUUAUCUGGAAAACCAGCUGUCCAAACCACUUUUGCGGAUAUUUGAACCAAUUCUGGGCGAGUCCAAGGCAUCCUCUGCUUUGCUAAAGGGCGAGCACACUCGUACCAAGACAAUCGUCACGUCAACUGUCGGCAAGUUGUCUAUGUUCACUAAGAAACGCAGCACGUGUAUUGGUUGCAAAGCUUUGCUUGAUGAUGAUGGCUCGGCCGUCUGCAAGCACUGCAAGUCCAGAGAAUCUGAGUUGUUUCAAAAGGAGAUCGAACACCUACGCGUCCUUGAGGAGCGCUUUGCAAGGCUGUGGACGCAGUGUCAGAACUGCACAGGGAGCUUGCAUCAGGACGUUCUCUGCACAAGUCGUGACUGCCCAAUAUUCUACAUGAGAACAAAGGUACAAAAAGACCUGGCCAACCAGGAUAAGCAGGUAUCGAGAUUUGGCGACUGCUUCUGGUGAUAACUCGCGUGACGGCAACAGCAAAGCACACAACAUCACGUGAUACCCUCGUGGUAGCGACGUCACAUGUCACGUGGCAGGGUGCCGUGGGGGAGCAAGUGGUGAAUUCUACUCCUCGAACAUGCUUUCCAACACAUUGCCAGACCUGCGACACAGCCAUCUGAUUGACAACUAAUAUCUGAUCACCGUGUUGCCUUGGCUAUUUACCAGGUUAAUGGCAGAUUGAGAGCUCUGUGGUUGUAUUCGCUUCGCAGGAGUAGCAGCGGAGGGUAGUGAUGGCGAGAUAUGUGAAUAAUCCGGUGUUACACACUUCUGAUGAAAAUUGCAAGAAACGAAAAUUGUAAAUGAUGGGCAACUCACACUAACCAAAAAUCAGUGGUGUACGGCAAAUGGCGAUUGUCGAAUGGCAGUUUUCCUAUAAAAAAAAACAUGGAACCAGCGUGGAACUCGUCAGAUUUCUACUGAAUGUACGAAAAUGCGGAUAAUUUCUGCGAUUAUAUUACUUAUCAUCUUUAUUCUUACAAAUAAUUAAACCUAUAAGCAGUUAUUGGUCUUAGAACUGCCAUUUGCCAAUUUGCCAUUGGCCUUUUACACUGACAACGUUUAUUGAAAUAGGUGUAUAAAAAAGGCCCUUUCUGCCAAAGAUACUAUGUGGCUGAUGCUCUGAAUAAGCUGCUUUUGGUUGUUGUUAUUUUCCCGCUAAAAGCCGGGCGCGCGCGGGUUUGACACACAAAAAGUCACGUUAUUUCUUUGUGCAAAUCGCCUAUCGGAAGUAUCAAACCAAAAUGGACCUUGCAACAAAUAAAAUAUUUUUUCUCAA